AUGCUAUCACACAGGAUUGGAUUUAAAAGAAUUCAGGUAGCUGCUGGUAGCUAUCCAAUGAACGUUAAACUCCUUCUUGCAUCACUUAUCGUUAUGAAGAUUCACAUAUCACAAGGAGCUGAUUAUCCCACGAAUAACAAAUGCUUGUCUGAUGCUUUAGAAUUGUAUGAACGAUUCGAUAGUAUUGUUUGCCAGAACACUAACACAAGCAAAGAUCCCUCACAAUGGUUGCAAAGUGUUUGUAAAGAAUCGUGUGAAAUAAGAACAAAAAGUAUGAAGUGUGCUGCCGACAAUGGGAUCAUUAUUCUACUGAAAAUUUCGGAUGGACUGAGGAAUUGCAGCAAUAUUCAGAGCAUUGAAAACGAAGGUACUAUAGAAUCUUCCUCUCUUCCUAACCUUGAUUUUACAAGAACGUGCACUCAAGAAUCUUCGUCAAAUGCGUCAUGGUAUUUAGUCCUUGCAGCCUUUUUAGGAGAAAUGGUAGGAAUACUUGUUACUCUUGGCGUCUGGUUAAUUGAAAUGAAGUGGAUUGUAAGAAGCAAAUUAUGGGUGUCAGAUGGGUCUAGUGUUCAUCAAAUACCCUUGGGAUCGCUAAAUGCAGAAAUUCCGAGGCAGGUCUUGACAAAUGAUGUCGACACAGAACUUGAACAGAAGAAAACAACAAGAAGAGAUGGGAAUAUAAAUAAUAUGUAUGAAACAAGGAUGUUCCCAGAUGACAGUAGUUCUCCUUACGACCAUCUCCAAUGCAUUACAAGGAACAACAUCGACAAAUAAACGUUUUAGACGAUAAGGACACUUACAUGAACGUUUGUGUGAAUGAUUUUUACAUGCAAAACAUAAAAUAAACAAUGUGUUCAAAGUCGUCAAAUCUCCGUGAUUCAACAAAAACAGUGUUGCUUCGUUAUAUAAAUUUCUGAUAAAACGACUGUUGUUGAAUGAAGUAUUUGAAUUAUCAACAUGA